AUGGAGCUACCCGAAAACAAAUAUGAGCAUUGGAAAGCAAAGUUCAUAGAUGGCCUUCCCCCAUUAUUUGCAAUAAGGGUUAAAACAUUGCUUAGAAAUGAGCAUGGUGAAAUUCUCUACCAGGAUUAUACUAAUGGUCGACUGAUAGGCGUUUGCACUCAGGAAGGGAAAAAUUUGUGCAAUGAAUUAAAGUUACCUAGAAAGCUUAAAAUAGAUAAGCUUAGGGAAAGAUCUCAGCCAGGAGACGUUUGCACCCAAUUUGGUUUACCCGGUAUUUCGGCUGAUAGCAAGAAAACCAAACAUAGAGAUUCUAGAGGCUCCAAUCCCGACAAACCUUAUAGGAAAAGAAGGUAUAAACAUAGACAUAGAUCUAAGGAAGAACAGGACGAGAUAAAAGCUUAUCGUAAGUCUAAUAGACUUACCAAGAAUAGGUCUAAGCGGGAACUCGCCAAGAUUAAAUGUUAUAAGUGUGGAAAUUUUGGGCUUAUAGCACCCAAUUGCAAGCUUGAAAAGCUGAAAGCCUUAGAGCUUGAUGAAGAAGUUCAUGAUAAGGUUUAUAGUUCAGAAGAAGAAAUUGAGUUGCCUGAAUCAUCUGAUAAUAAUCAGCGCGAUAAUAUGAAUGCUUGCAAUACUUGCAAUGGUGAUACUUUCUUAUGUGAUACUUUGAAAUCCACCAAAGUACAAGAAAAAAUUAAAUUGAUUUCUGAACAAAUUGAUAUUUGUGCGGAUCAUCCUAGUGCUUUCUGUAAUCAGAAAAAGCAUAUUGUCACUCUUCCUAAUGAAGACAAUUUCUCUGAGGAUGAAAUUCCUACUAAAUCCCGUCCUUGUCAGAUGAAUUCCAAAUUAGUUGAAUUAUGUAAAAAAGAAAUUGAUAAUUUGUUACAAAAGGGCUUGAUAAAACCUUCAAAAUCACAUUGGUCUUGUACUGCAUUUUAUGUUAACAAUGCUACUGAAAAGGAACGAGGUGUCCCCAGGAUGGCCCCUCCUUAG